CUCCGCCCCUGAGGCGGUGGGCGGGCCGGACCGGACCCGAGCUUGCUGCGCCAAGGGACCCGCUGGCGGGCAUGGAUUCGGGCCCGGCCAUGUCCGAUUAUCGGAUCUCAGUGGAGGAGCUGAACGACCUUCUGGCUAACGGGAGCGGCUGCUACAGCCUCCCGAGCGCGCACAGCAACGAGGUGGUGCCGCGCAUCCACGUGGGGAACGCGUUCAUAGCCAAGGACAUUAUGAAGUUGCAGAGCUUGGGUAUAACUCAUGUUCUGAAUGCAGCAGAGGGGAAGUCAUUCAUGCAUGUGAACACCAAUGCACAGUUCUAUGAAGGCUCAGGCAUCAGAUACCACGGCAUCAAAGCCAACGACACCCAAGAAUUUAACCUCAGUCGCUACUUUGAGGAGGCAGCUGAUUUUAUAGAUAAAGCACUUUCCCAGAAGGAUGGACAAGUAUUUGUGCACUGCCGUGAGGGUUACAGCCGAUCUCCUACCCUGGUCAUUGCCUACCUCAUGCUGCGCCACAACAUGGACGUGAAGUCAGCGCUGAGCACGGUGCGCGAGAAGCGGGAGAUCGGCCCCAACGAUGGCUUUCUGAGGCAGCUUUGUCAGCUCAAUGAGCAGCUCAAGAAGGAGGGCAAACUGAAACCCUAAAACAGAGCACCAGAGUGUUUCUUGAAGUUUCUCAACUCAUCAGAGGACGUCGUAGGUGCUUUAGAUUCCCAACCCCCAACAACUACGCUAAAUCACCUCAGGUGAGGGAGACACCGUUCCUGCUCUUGUCUUGUGAAAGGAUUGUUCUCAAAUUCUGGGUCUGUCUUUCAAAAUGGCACAAAAUUGUGUCAGUGUUUGGAGCUGCUGCAAUAAACAUGUGUUUUUAGAGGGCUAAAGCCAGUGAUAAUAGUUUUUUACACAUGUAUUUCAGAGCCCCCUGCCAACUGCAGAAUGGUUCCCAUUGCCAUGGAGUGUGGUACUUGUAAGGCACCACUUUUGGAGGGCCUCAGCACAUCUCUCUACUUGCCCUUACCUGAAGUACUGUAUUGUAUUUAGAUGCCUAAAGUUUGAGUGUAGGAACUUCAAGCAAUGGAGAAGCAGAUAUACAAAGGCAAAAAUGCACUUGCUCAUAAAAUGAAGAGAAUGCAGUGUUGUGUUCAGUGUGGAUUUCUGCAAUCCACAGUGUGUGGUAGUGAAGCCAUUCAGAGCUCAAUCUUGAUGCACACUGUCUUUCCAAGAAUAUUUGUACCUCUUGCUGUUGUGAUUGACAUGAAAUAGUCUGGUAUGAAAGGCUCCUAUUUUUUGCUUUGAAGUCAUGCAAGAAAAAAAUGUCAAGAGCAAAUGUUGAGGAAAAAACUUGAGCAAAAAAGAAAUAAUGUCUGCAUUUAUGAGUGCUUGUACUGUAUAGAUGGUAAAUUCAAAAGCAUCAGAACAUAACAGCUUCUGAGGCUUGUAUUGAAUUACAGUGUCUCUCUCCCUUCUUCAUUAUCACUGUUGAUUAACAUAACAUGGAAUGAGCACAAUUGCACCUUGCUUCCAGUAGGGCAGCACAGGUGUGCUUACAAAGUAGUUUGCAGAAAUACACUCACUUUUUAGAUUGCUUGCAUGUUAUCAUUACAUAGAAAUGAGCAUUGUUAUGUACCACAUGGAAUAGGAAACAUAUGAUGUCUUUGUCUCCUUGACAUCCAGAUGAAAACAGUCAUUGCAAUGUUGGGAGAGGGAGCUCUGGUUAUGGUAUGCCUGAUUUAUGUGUAAAUGUGUGCCUGUGAGUUACAGCACUCUUAAUGCAAAGGAUCUCCCACUGCAAAUUCAGAAUUGCUGCUUAAACAGAACCCGAAAUGUGUGCAUUUCUUUUUACCUGUGCUUUAAUGUAGUUCUAGACUGAAAAUCUUAAAACUAUUUAAAACAGAAACACUAUUGUAUUAUAACACCUGUAUGUCCAGAUCUAGUUUCAUAUAUUCAGUUCAGUAAUCAAAAAUCUCAAAGGACACAAAUUGUUUUACUUCAGUUGUUAGGGUUGUGUGACUGGGGGGAAGAAGAGUUCUAUAGAGCUAAAAUAUUUUAAUGAAAUUAAACUCCAUAGGUGAUUGUUCUGGUUGAAGACCAGGCUUAUUUCUGUUUUCUUGUACAAGGUGGGAACUGCCAAAUCAAGUAGCUUUUUCUCUUCUCUGUCCUUUAAAGGGACAACUGGGGAAAAUUCUACAUAGUCUUUAGUUCUGUUUUGAAUCACUACUAACCAGCAGUGGUCUAUUUCAUUGGCUAAUUACAAACCUGUUUGCUUUAUCAUACUAUAUCAGUAUUAAGUAAUUGCUUCUUCAAAAUUCCUAGUUAUUAAUAUCAUGCUGUGUAGCUCAGGGAAUAGGAGUACUGGUCUUAUCUUUUUUACUAUACUGGCUUUUUCAUACUUCAUUCUUAUUUAUAAAUCAUCCUGUUUGCUAUGGACCUUGACACUUCUUUUCUAUCUCAUCUCACAGCAUGUGUCCCUGCAUCACCUAUCUGUACAAGAAAAAAAGAAUAAUUAAUGUGCCAUGCACUUUGUCUUUGACCUGUUACUUAGAACUCAAAAAUUCCAGUCCAUUGGAAAGGUAAUCUCUUCCAUGAAUUGUAAGAAGGCUUUUAACUGUUAGAAUAAAAUCAGAAUGGUUUAUUAAAA